CGGUAAAUGUGCGGCUCUGAGUACGAUAAUCUAGCAUCGGUGCGCGGUAAAAAAUCAUAACACAGCUGAUCGUCCACGCAGUUCCUCCUUCACGACGUGUUUUGAGAGGUGUUUGCAGUGUUUUUGGCGAAACCGUGCGCUGAAUGGAUGACUUUUUAAUGCUGGAGGUCCACUCCCUGACGCCCCGCCCUGCACGUCACGACCUGCCCCGGCAUCAGUUGAGCGGUGGCACUGCCCGGCACUUCCUCAAGAAGGCUCUCCUGCCCCUGACUGGCUGGUGUGACAGUCUGCUGCUUCUUGAAACCACUACAUGCCGGAGAUGACCCGACCCGCCCCGCCCCGCCCCACCUUCCUGGCCUGCCCGCCCCCUGGCAUAAAUUGAGCGGUGGCACUGCCCGACACUUCCUCAAGAAGGCUCUCCUGCCCCUGACUGGCUGGUGUGACAGUCUGCUGCUUCUUGAAACCACUACAUGCCGGAGAUGACCCGACCCGCCCCGCCCCGCCCCACCUUCCUGGCCUGCCCGCCCCCUGGCAUAAAUUGUUUCCAGAAACCCCUAAAUGACCGACUCUUCCAUGCCUGAGAUGACCCGCCCUGCCCUGCGUCAUGACCUCCCGGCAUACAUUGAGUGUCCAGAGGAAGGAAAGAAGAGAGAAAGGAAGGAAAGUGGUGGCACUGCCCGGCACUUCCUCAAGAAGGCUCUCCUGCCCCUGACUGGCUGGUGUGACAGUGUUGGCAGUCUGCUGCUUCUUGAUGUGACCUGCGACCUACCACAAGGCUUGGAUAAUGGUAGAAUAGUCCGACUCAACCAGACCCUGGAAUACGGUAGCCUGGUCGAAUAUCACUGUCUACCGGAACACAGGCUGGUCGGGGGGAGCUUCCGGAGGUCGUGUGGCGAGCUGGGCGAGUGGUUGGGUGGAGAACCGAAGUGUGUGUUGGGUCCAGAGGAUGCCUACAACACCAUAGGCUCCGAUAGUAGUAGUAGUAGUAGUGUGAGUACUACUUCUACUUCUACCGCUAGCAACACCGGGCUCUACAUCGGACUAUUCUUCGGGCUCAUCCUGGCGAUAGUCUUCAUAGGAGUGCUAGUCUACUUCAGAAUGUUUUGGGCGCCCAGAUGUACACGUGAACUAACAGUCUUGGCUUCAGGGCAGGUCGCUAAAAUGAUGGUGGCUCGCGCUAAAGAACUCUGCCCACUGCACUGCCUGAGUAGAUGGCCGAAGGACAACCUUGCUGAUGGCGUCCAAGGCCGUGGGUGGAGUCAGGGCACGAGGGCCCUGGGGAUCAUGGGUGCAGGUGCCCUAGGGGACUGGGCGAGUGUCCUGCGUGGGAGAGGCAUCUUGGAGUGGUCAGUUAAGCGGUGGCACUGCCGGCACUUCCUCAAGAAGGCUCUCCUGACCAUGACUGGCUGGUUUGACAGUCUGCUGCUUAGUGGUGAGUGUAAGAUGUCAGGCUAA